CUCCUGUUUUCUUGCCUUAGGAAAUAGGAUAACAAUUUAACAGCUAACCUUAAAGAAAUGAUCAAUGACCCUAGGUUAAUAGUGAAGAGGAUUUUUCGGACUGAAGCUGGACAUUGAAAAAUGAGCAACACUUCAAAUGACAGACCUGUGCCACCAGUCGUAGCUAACAUGGAACGAGAUCUUGAUAUCCAACGAAGACGGAGGCUAGAACAAGCAGGAAACAAUGUCAACCCAAGAGAUCGGUUAUUUCAUGCGUUAUUCAUUAAAAUUGGAAAUAUGUAUUCCAGAAUUGUCCCAAAAAGAUUUCGCAUAAUCUUGGAAGCUAUAGUUUUGUUAAAGGGUUUGUUACUGUUCACAUUUUUAUCAUAUCUCCAUUUCUCAUUUGGUCGUGCACCCAUGCAUUGCUUGAAUGCAACUCUUGAUAAUUGGCCACGAGAUGGUAUACUGCGUGUUCAAAUACAACCUGGAUUUGGUUUAAAGAAGCAGCUUCCACGAUUUUUCUCUCCUAAAGAAAACAUGGUUUUAUUUCAUCCAUGUCAUAAUAACAAAUUGUAUUCAGAAGAAGCUUGUCAUUCUAUGUCCGCAGACAUGAAAGAAUAUUACCGACACAAAGAUAAUCAAUUUAGUUAUCGUGACCAAUGUUAUCGUAUGAACUUGUCAGAUUUCUUAUUUCAAAGAAAUGAUGUUAAUUGGAAGAAAUACCAGGACUAUGAGUACGUUGUGGCGGACCGUAGCGGUGCUCUUUUUAAAGGAUUUAUACCAGGAGAAAUUAUUAAUGAAGGAAGUCUAUUGGCAUUUUACGAGAAAUAUCUUGCAGAGUCUGUUGAAGCGGAGAGACAUUACAUCUUUGAAUAUUCACAAGAAUUUGGAUUUCUUCGACUUUCACAGGAAACAAGGAAAAGAUUAAAGAUACCAGUUCGUGUCAUCACGUUAGAUCCAACAAAAGAAGCUUGUUUAGGCGAUAAGUUUAGCCGGUUUCUUCUCAAAUACUUUCUUGGAUAUGAUGAUGUAUUGAUGAACAGCAUCAAAAAAGUUGCAGACGCUGAAAACAACACAGGGUACAUGCUCAACGUAGUCACGGGUGAUCAUUACAAAUUUGUACCCUGGGGAAUAGGACGAGGUUCCUAUGUCAUUUCGUUGUUGUUGAUGUUUUUAUUCACGAUCUCUAUUUCCACUCUUCUGAGAUAUUGUCAUCAACAAGUUUUCUUCUUCAUAAUUAACGUGUUGCAAAUGUUGGAUAUGAAUAUUGUGUUAGCGUUUCCUAUUGCUCCAUUGUUUACUGUCGUGUUGUCGCUUGUCGGCAUGGAGACGAUUAUGUCGGAAUAUUUUAACGACACGACGACAAGUUUUUACAUCAUUCUUAUUGUUUGGGCGGUGGAUCAAUUUGAUACUAUAUGUUGUCAUACCGUCAUGUCGCAAAAAUAUUGGCUUAGAUUCUUCUAUCUAUACCACUUCUUGUUUUAUGCGUAUCAUUAUCGUUUCAAUGGACAGUACAGUUCGCUUGCGUUGGCUGCAACGUGGUUCCUUAUCCAGCAUUCGAUGUUGUAUUUUUUUCAUAACUACGAGCUUCCCGCUAUUGAAAACAAUCCACACAACGCACGUCGUGAUGAAGAAGCCUAUCUAGACGAAGCUGUGCAGAUGAUCGUGGAAGGUAUCGAGAUGGUAUCUGGACAGCAGCACGCACCUACCGCUCCAGAACAACCCAACCAACCGCCAGAGAAUGCUGAUCAACCACAGGACCAACCAGAAGGAAGCACACGUGUGCGGGAAAUCUCCAACGGCGCCAACCGUAUAUUUAUCUUCGCGGCGGAUCGACCUUUCAUUCAAAUGGUACGGGAUUUUAUACAUCAUAUUCAGGAUCGCAUGAAUGCAGAGCGAACUGAAACACCACCUGUGGAGGAGGGCGAAAUAAACCCUGAUAGGUCAGUUGAAAACCAGGCUGCUACCGCCGUGGCCAAUGAACCGGCGACCGAAAACACGUUAGUUGAGAACAUCAACAGUAAUGUUCAAGAAGUUGUUAGUCUUUGUGUAGAUAAUGUAAUAAUAAACGAGACGAUAAAUUCCUCUGCUGAGCGUGAAACAAACAACUUGACAGCUUCUUGCUGCGAACUACCAAUAGAUUCUCCACAACACGAAGAACUUGUUGGGAGUGAUAUCAAUAAAUCUAAUUUGAAUCCAUUGAAAACAGAUGAACUGUGUUUAGGUGUAUGUAACGAUGAAACGUCAUCAGAACUUAGUAUCAAUAACAUAUCCAGUGAUACAUCUAAUAAUGCAACCAGUGAAUAUGAACUGGGCGAUACAAGUGACAAAAAUGCCGCUGACAUGAGAUGUAGUGUAGAUGAUGAAACACCUAGGUAGUCAUAUUAAUUGUGAGAGAAAUUUAUUUGGAGCGACAAUGCUGUGACAUGGUAGAUUGUUGGAGGGGAGAGAUAUAUCUCCUGACUUAAGUGCAUCUUAUAACUUUCAUGGUUUUGAGGUUCCAAAAGAUGUUUAAUUUACAGUUGAACAACAAGCUAAAAAGCGAAGCUUUUUUCUCACGUGAGAAAUAUUUGUUUACAAACAAAAAUCACGCUUAUCGUCCGCCGUAAAUUUAUCCUGCUUACCUCUUACCAAUCUUUCAGAAAUUUACGUUUUUAUAUGAACAGUGGUGGGUUAAAGCUUUUCUCAGUAUCUGGGGAUAGCUUCUCCAUAUCCGCUCAGCUCGUCACUGUGGGUGUUAUCGUGAUCUUGGUUGGACCAGCAAGUCUUAGUAUGACUAUCUUCAGAAAUGUUGGGUUAGCUUUCCCCAAACGUGGUUCUGUAAGAGUUCAUGUGGUUGGAAUUUUAAGUCGAAUCUUUUCAAAUAAACUGCCUAAAAAUUAUUAAAAACUUUUAUUUUUGUUAUUUUCAAAUGUUUGUAAAUUGUCUGUUUGUUUAUUUAACUUAAAUUUAUGACUUAAUGUGGCCAGGUAAAAACAAUCUUCAAAUUAAAA